AUGGGUCUGGUUGCUUACAACUUCGAACCUGAGCUCACUGUUCAAGAACUUGAGGAUCGAAAUAGAGCUGCAUUAGCAUCUUCUGUAGCUGUAGUUCAGACAUUGGAUGAAUGGUGCGAGUGUGGGAACUGUCAGGAAAUGCCGUCCCUUGAAGAAAAUGUUUGUUGUAGGGUAUCAGAUUUGGUGCUACCGAACUUGGAAGACCACAACUGCAUUACCAUGCACCAUAUUUAUGACACCUUAAUUUUAAAAUCCCGAUGUAUUAGAACUGGCUUACAUUCAGAUGAUGAUGUACAAGGGACAGCAAGGCCGAGCGCCGGAAGAAUUGAGCAACAGUUUUCACCAACAAAUGCAAACUUUAACGGUAACCAUGAGUCAGAACAAUCCCGUCUUGUUGCUUACAGACAAUCCAUUUGUUGGAUGCUCAAAGGAGAAAAACUUGGAAAUGGAAGAAGGGUGGUAAUUCCUUCUUGUGUUGUCAAAGACAUUAGAGAUUCCUUCCCAGAGAACAACAAUGAUUAUACAGGAUUCCAAGCUGCUUUAGAUGUGAGAGAACUGUUUUGUUGA